CCUGGCCCCUUUUGGGGUGACGGCGCGCACUGCCCAAUGGCCAAGUGGCUCCGGGACUACCUGAGCUUGGGGGGCCGGCGGCCCCCUCCGCAGCCGCCCACCCCGGACUACACGGAGAGCGACAUCCUGAGGGCUUACCGUGAGCAGAAGGACCUGGACUUUGAGGACCCCUAUGAGGACGCCGACAGCCGCGCGGAACCCGACCCUCCUGGCCCCGGGGACUCCAAGGGCCCAGCCACCGCCAAGUACGACUCCCCCAAGCACCGGUUGAUUAAGGUAGAGGCUGCGGACAUGGCCAGAGCUAAGGCGUUGCUGGGCAGCCCUGAACAGGAAGAACAGCCGGAAGCUGACACAGAGUACUCGGACCCUUUUGACGCACAGCCCCACCUGCCAUCUCCAGAUGACAGGUACAUGGAGCCAUACGAUGCCCAGCAUAUAGCAAAUGAUGUGCCCAGCCGAAUGGUGCAGUUGUACGACACCCCCUACGAAGAGCAGGACCAAGAGGCACCAGCAGCAACGACGGUGGCCGGGGAUGGGCCUGGUUUGGAGCAGAAACCACCACAGCAGAGCCGACUGCCCCCGGAGGACGAGCGGCCAGCGGACGAGUACGACCAGCCCUGGGAGUGGAAGAGGGAACACAUUUCCCGGGCCUUUGCAGUGCAGUUUGACAGUCCGGAAUGGGAGCGGACCCCAGGCUCGGCCAAGGAACUGCGGAGACCCCCACCCAGAAGCCCCCAGCCCGCAGAGCGCGUGGAUCCCGCCGUGCCCCUGGAGAAGCAGCCGUGGUUUCAUGGCCCCCUGAGCCGGGCGGAUGCCGAGAACCGCCUGUCCCUGUGCAAGGAAGGCAGCUACCUGGUGCGGCUCAGCGAGACCAGCCCCCAGGACUGCUCCCUGUCGCUCAGGAGCAGCCAGGGUUUCCUCCACCUAAAGUUCGCUCGGACCCGCGACAACCAGUUCGUGCUGGGCCAGCACAGCGGCGCCUUCGCCAGCGUCCCGGAACUGGUGCUGCGGUUCAGCUCACGCCCGCUGCCCGUGCAGGGUGCCGAGCACCUGGCCCUGCUGUACCCGGUGGUCACGCAGGCCCCUUGA